GGAUUUCGUGGAAUGAGGACAUUUAAUGCGUACUGAGAAGCCUUUCAACAUGCCUAAGGAGAUGAAUUCGCAUGCCCUUACAAGUAGAAGAGAAAUAAGAAUCACGCCACCAAAACGAGAUGUAGGACGCAAGGUUAUAUUCAAUAUAGUGGUUGUAUUCUUGGAAUUGGGAAUGCCUUUGGGCAUAAAUGUACUGUACAAUGUAGUGGUCCUUUAAAGCAUGUUGCAAAGAGGCCCCUUGUAUCAAGUCUGGUGGUUCGUUCCACAGGGAUCACUUUCCAAAUUGAUGUUUUAAAUCCCCCAUCAAUCGGACAUGUGUUUCCUCUUCCUUCUUACAAAUGGUUUCGUGCUGUUCUUUUCGGACUUAUCUUGAUGAAGCGCAUCCAAAUUUCCACAAGAGGUAGAGCUUGUGCUCAUCACCACGACAACGUCAACUUUCUCGGAGCACGUCAAUGGUAUAGCCUCGACUCGGAACCUUGAGAACAAGAUUGCUCUGAUUUGACUUCGAGCAACCUUUUCCUUCAUGACGCACUGAUAUGCUUCCGCUUUCGCGUGGGGGGAAUCUCCUGUAAGAUAUUUGAACGCUCGAA